AGUAUUAUUUAUAUAUUUGGAAAGAGAAGGAAGAAGAAGAAGACAACCAGAGAGAGAGGGAGAGAGAAGCCAUAGAGAUAGAAAGAGAGAGAAUGGGCAAAAGAGACCUAGAAAUGGGUCGUCUUCUCCUCCUUUCACUUUCUCAUCACUCAUAAACAUAAUAAACAUUUUACACAGAUCCCCAUGAAAUUUUGAGGGAAGAGAGUGAUUCGUAAUCGUGCAGGGUUGCUCCCCAGCAUCCUCUCUUCCUGUUCCUCCUCCCUUCCCUCUCUUCCCUUCCCCCUUCCUCAAUAUUCCCUUUGUUUUUCUUUUUAUUUUAUAAAUAGUUUUGAAGAAGGGACCAUACAUCCAUUCAUUUCUCUGUGUUUUUCUCUCUCCUUCUCUGUAUAUAAGAGUGUUGCUCUCUCUUUGUUCAGAGAAAGGAAUGUGAGGAAAAAAAAUAUCUAAAGAGAAAUGGAUAAAGAACAACAGCCCCUGCCUGUUCUGUGAUGAAUGAUGAUGAUGAGUGGAGAGCUUCCUUAGUUAGAUCUUUCUGAAAUGAUGAAUGGUUAAUGAUUGAGAGCCUCUCAGCAGAAACUCCCACUGCCCUUUAAGCCUUUUUCCAUAGCUAAGCACGAAAACAGAAAGGCAGAGUAGAAGAAGAAGAAGAAGAAGAAGAUGAAGUCGAUGAGUGACAACAAUGGGUGUGGAAGCAACUGGCUGGGCUUCUCCCUCUCGCCCCACAUGAAGAUGGAGGCUGCUGCUGUGACCUCGGGUCACCCCGUCUCUCCCUCCUCUGUCCCCACCAGCUAUGUCCUGUCCUCCUCCCCUUCCCCUCACCAGGGCCUCUGCAGCUAUGGAGGAGAGAGCAUCAGCAUCAGCAGCACCACCAGCAGUAUUAAUGGCGGAGCAGGGUUCCACUACUCCGCCGCUCCCCCACCGCUCUCCGUCAUGCCCCUCAAGUCCGACGGGUCCCUCUGCAUCAUGGAGGCCCUCUCCAGAUCCCACCCCCAAGGGAUUGUGCCCUCGGCCCCGCCGAAGCUCGAGGACUUCCUGACCAUCGGGGGGGCUCACCACCACCACCAUCACCAUCACCACCAUGGCUAUGGUGGGGAGAGGGAGGCAAUGCCGCUGAGCCUCGACACCAUCUACUACCCCACGAUGGGAGACUUGGGGACUGACAGCCUGUGCCUGAGGAACUGGGUGACUGGAGGCGGCAGAGAGUACGAGCAGAGCAUCGAGAGCAACGGGGCUGGCUCCGCGGUGAUCGGGUGUGGAGGAGGGGAGCUGCAGUCGCUGAGCCUCUCGAUGAGCCCCGGGUCACAGUCGAGCUGUGUAACCACUGCCCCCAGCACUCAGCAGAUCUCCGCCUCUAGCGAGAUGGUGGCUGUCGAGACUGGCAAGAAGAGAGGGCUGGACAAGGUCGGGCAGAAGCAGACUGUCCACCGCAAGUCCAUCGACACAUUCGGGCAGAGGACUUCUCAGUAUAGAGGUGUCACCAGGCAUAGAUGGACAGGUAGAUAUGAAGCUCAUCUGUGGGAUAAUAGCUGCAAGAAAGAGGGGCAGACCAGAAAAGGAAGGCAAGUUUACUUGGGUGGUUAUGAUAUGGAAGAGAAAGCUGCUCGAGCUUACGACCUCGCCGCCCUCAAGUACUGGGGGCCCUCGACGCACAUAAACUUUCCGCUGGAGAACUACCAGGAGGAGUUGGAAGAGAUGAAGAACAUGAGCCGCCAAGAAUAUGUUGCCCAUCUCCGGAGGAAAAGUAGUGGGUUCUCAAGGGGAGCUUCCAUGUACAGAGGUGUCACUAGACACCACCAGCACGGGAGAUGGCAAGCUCGGAUUGGGAGGGUUGCCGGAAACAAGGAUCUCUACCUUGGAACAUUCAGCACUCAGGAGGAAGCUGCCGAAGCUUACGAUAUCGCGGCCAUAAAGUUUCGUGGUGUUAAUGCUGUCACGAACUUUGACAUUACGAGGUAUGAUGUGGAGAGGAUUAUGGCAAGCAACACUCUGCUUGCAGGAGAGCUUGCCCGAAGAAACAAGGAGAUAGAGCCGACCAACAUUGAGGUUGUUGCUGAUUAUGGUCACGGAUCCUUGCCGAGGAACAGCAUGGAAGCUGGCAUCCAGCCUCAGAGCAAUAACAAUGGGAUUGGUUCGGACUGGAAGAUGGUUCUUUACAACUCCCCGCAGCAGCACCAGCAGGAAAACAACUGUAUGAGGAGCUCAUUCUCUGUCGCAAUGCAAGAUCUCAUUGGAAUGGAGUCGGUGAAUCUGGGCCAUCACCCCACAGAGGAGGACCACAAACUCGGGGGCCACAACUUCUCCAACCCAUCGUCACUGGUCACGAGCCUAGGCAGCUCGAGGGAGGGUAGCCCGGAGAGGAUAGGGCAGGGAGGACUGGGUUUCGGGAAGCCGCCUCUUGGGUCGAAGUUCAUGGCCCCGCCAUCGGGAUCAGUCAGUUCUCCGUGGUUCCCUUCCGCCGGAAUCUCUAUGUCGCACUUGCCGAUGUUCGCGGCAUGGGGAGACACCUAAAGAGGAUUAGGAGACCACUGCUGGUUGUAAGUUACUAUCUGAGAAAAAUGCAAAACAGAUAGUAUUGCAUGGAGAAGGGUGGGGCAUCUGUUGGGGAGAAAGUAGUGAAGGAAGAUUUUCUCAUGCUUUAAUUUUAAUUUUUUUUAGGGUUUUCCUUUUUUCUAACUUUAUUUAGUGGAUGGAAUUAGGGAAUUAAGGUGGGGGCCAAGAUUUUGUCUUGUAACCAAAGUGUAGAGGAAGCUUUUGGGAGGAAAAAAAAUGAAGCUUUUGGCUCUUAUUGGAAUGGAAAAAACGUUUUUUUUUUUUUUGGGGGGGUGCAAAAUGGAGGGAAGGAUAUUAGAGAGGAAAAGGGAGGGAAGUGCCUAAUGAUUAAAUUCCACGGGAUGAUGUUAUGGUGGCAAUUUAGAAGGUGGCACUUUGCAUAAUUGAUGAAUCUCUGCUUUUGCCUUUGAUGAUCACAUCCCUUACUUUUGUGGGAGGUGCAAAGUACAAAACAACCACCCUUGUGUUUCCUCAAUAAUUGUAAAAAAUGGGUCCUCUUUGUGCUUUGCCUUCC